GCAGAUGACUCAGCUCCCGCCCGCCGCACCUGCCAUCCUUGCCGGGGACUUGCACGCCAGGCACAAAACUCCAGUCUCUCCCCUCCUCCUCCUCCUCCCAUCCAAGGACAUUCCCACGUCGGCGCUAUCAUCUCCCCCCUUCCAAUGGAUGCCUCCCCAUCAUGAUUUCAGCACGCAUCCCAUGGGAAUGAUCGAGCCGCGGCGCCCUGGUCCCAACGACGCAGCACCCUUACCAUAGUAAAGGCUCUUCCACCUGACCUUUCCCGCGUUGCUCACUGGACAUAGGCCACAAGUGCCACGUCUCCUCACCGACCCCGCCUAAUCUCGUCGCACGAGACACGAAUCCCCCCUCGGCGCUCUUAAAACUCCGAUUCCGCCAGCUCGCCCGCCCCGCCUCGAGCAGCAAGGCACUUCUCAUCUCGCACUCGAUCUCUCGACAACGAUCCGGUCACAGCGGUGCACGAGCAAUAUGCCACCCGCGGUGGGUCGCAUGCACCCUUCGCACAUGUCGAACCCUUUCCAACAUCUGAACCCACAACACUCCAUGCCCCAGCAGUCCUCCCACUAUCAAUCACAAUCGCAGCAUCUCGCGAAUAACUUCAACCCGCAACAUGCGUUUGGCACGAGCGCGCUAAAUGGCGGCAUCUCGCCCUUCAACCCCAGCUCCGCGUAUGGAGGCGCAGCUUUCAGCAACAUCCCUGGCACCGGCGGCGCGGCCUUCAACGGAGGUGUCUUGGGCGGACAGGGCCAAGGGCUAGCCAGUGUAGCGGCACAGCAAGGAUUCGCUCGGGGUGCUGCCAUGCAGGAACACCAGCACGCCCAGAGUAUCUCCGAGAACAUGGGAGGCAUAAAAAACGGCGCAAUGGGCCGCAUUAGAGAGGUCUGGCGGCACAACUUGGACCAAGAAUUUGCGGUACUACGGCAACUCAUCCUAAAAUACCCAUACGUCAGUAUGGACGCCGAGUUUCCUGGUAUUGUCGCGAGACCAAUCGGCAACUUCGCGCACAGCAAGGCGGAGUAUCACUACCAGACACUGCGGUGUAACGUCGACAUCCUCAAGCCUAUCCAGGUGGGCAUCACUCUGUGGACGGCGGAAGGCGACUUGCCCCCGCAACAUCCAGACGCCGAUCUGUUGAGCCGGAUGGGAGGCAAGAAUCUGUAUUCGAACAACCUCAUGUUCCUCCCUUGCACCUGGGUGUUCAACUUCCACUUCAACCUCGACGACGACAUGUACGCAGAAACAUCGAUUGAGCUGCUCAAGAACAGCGGCGUCGACUUCCAACGGCACCUCGACAUGGGUAUCGCGGCUGAGCAAUUCGGCGCGCUCCUUACCACUUCCGGCCUGGCCUUUUGCGAAGAAGUCAACUGGCUGUCAUUCCACAGUGGCUACGACUUUGGCUACCUUAUCAAGCUUCUCACCGAUGACGCACUUCCGGAAGACCAGAAUCUAUUCUUUGAACAAGUCAAGACAUUCUUCCCAAAGCUCUGGGAUAUCAAAUUUCUGCUCCGCCAUGCCCAACGUCAACGUACCGCCGGCCGCCUCUCGGCAGAAGGUACUCGCAUCAUCGACGCCCUCGGCACCAAAUCCGGCCUUCAAGACCUGGCCGAUGAACUCGGCUGCCAUCGCGUAGGAGCGAGCCAUACGGGCGGCAGCGAUGCAUGGCUUACCGGCUCCGUCUUCUGGGCCAUGCGAAGCAAGAUCUUUGGCGGCAACUUGGAGGACGAGCUGUCGGACCAAAUCUACGGGCUCCACGGCGUCCCUCUGCCCGCUAGUCAGCAAUAUCGAGACGAGUUCCUAGCGUUGCAAGGCACGCCGCAACACCAGCAUGGCCCGAACGGAGUCGGUGGCUCUGGAACGGGCGGGCAAGGCUUUACCCCCGCGAAACACCCUAGCACGCCGACGAGUCAGCAUGCGGGAUUGAGUUCGCAGACUCCGAGCCACUUUGGACCGCAGGGGAAUGCGGGUGCGUUUGGAGGGUUCGGGGGAUAUGGGAAGUAGUCCUGGCCCUGGCCCCCUGCUCCUGGGCAAGGCUUUGCCCCGGCGUACCACCCUAGUACGCCGACGAGUCAGCAUACGGGAUGGAGUCCGCAGACUCCGAGUCACUUUGGACCGCAGGGGAACGCAGCGGCGUUUGGAGGGGUCGGUGGAUAUGGGAACUUGUCUUGGCCCUGGUCCCCUGCUCCCUCUCGGAGACCAUGGUGGCCGUACUGAUCGAACGAAAGUUGAUGGGAUUAGCGUUGGAGUCGGGUGAUGGUGCUGUCGUGUACAAAGGAGGAGUUUCCAGGAUUUUAUUCGUGUACUGUCGCUUCGAGGAGCGUUGGAAUCCAUUCAUUGCGUGUCGCUACCUUGCGUGAUUCUUCAUGUGGCUUCCUCUCUUCCCCG